AUGGCCUUCUGUAUCACAUUUGGAACUCACGAGUUCACGGGCAUGCUCGAAGGCUACGAGCAGGUGCGCGCUUACUGCUACAACUGCCAACACUGGAACGGUCAUUGUGUGACUAGAUGGCCCUUCUUUACCAUUUGCUUCAUUCCUUUGAUCCCGCUCUCAACCCACAAGUACAAGGAGGUGCUAUGCUACACCUGUCGCGUGAGCCAAGAUCUUCGCAUCAUCCAGGGACCGACCUGA